AAGAUCUCCCUCUCAUCCUCCCGUUGGAGCUGCUGAAUUAUUUAACAUCAGACAGUGGGCUCAGCCGCUGAGCCAGGAGGAGGAUGGAGAGGGUAGGAGGAAAAGCUGGAGAGGGAAGGGGAAGCAUGGAGGUGUCCGACGCUGCAGGAAGUCGUGAGUCAGCAGGGAGAGAAAGGAGCGGUGGGAGGGAAGACGGAGAGAGUUUAUAGAUAGCUUUAGGUGAUACGACAGGAAAGAGCGGCGUCAAAUACCUCCCGUGGUUCGUGUGUGUGCAUGCGCUCAUCGAUCGAGCAGAGAAGGUCAUGGAGCUGAGAGGAGAUUAGCAAGCUAGACUCGGAACACGGCAAGCCGAGCAAACGCCUCUCCCCCUGAAUAGCACAGAAACAGGAGAGGCAAUAGACAAAAAAGGACGAGAGGAGCCGUUACAGUAUGGGGGAGAGCUAUAUGUACCGGCGACUCCCCUACGCCAGAGGAGAGGGGGAGGGGGAGGACGAAGAAGAGAGAGACAGGAGUGUCGGGGGACAAAUGAUGCAGUGUGAGGAGGGCACGGAGUGGCUGCUGGAGCUGCUGACAGAUGUGCAGCUGCAGCAGUACUUCCUGCGCAUCCGUGACGAGCUCAACGUCACGCGACUCUCCCACUUCGACUACGUCAAGAAUGAAGAUCUGGAGAAGAUCGGCAUGGGGCGCCCCGGUCAGAGGAGGCUUUGGGAGGCAGUCAAGAGGAGAAGAGCUCUUUAUAAACGGAAGUCCUGGAUGAGCAAGGUGUUUCCAGUGAAACGGCCGGACAGCGACCCCCAGCAGCCCCUUCCCCAAGGCGCAUCGUCCGGCACGGUCCCAGCCAGCAGCGAGUCGGCGGCUUCCCUCACCUGCCUGAUCAGAGAGUCGGAGCUGCAGCUGUUUGAGCGGCUCGGGGACGGCACGUUCGGGGUGGUGCGACGAGGAGAGUGGACCGGACCCAACGGCAGAGUGCUGUCUGUGGCAAUAAAGUGUCUGAAGGCGGGUGUGCUGGACUCAGACGGUCUGGAUGAUUUCAUCAGAGAGGUGAACGCCAUGCAUUCACUGAGCCACCAGAAUCUCAUCCGCCUGUAUGGUAUCGUCCUCACGCAGCCCAUGAAGAUGGUGGCUGAGCUGGCUCCUCUGGGCUCCCUGCUGGAUCGUCUCAGAAAGCGUCAGGGUCACAUCCUCAUCUCCUCGCUGUGUAACUACGCCGUGCAGGUGGCGUGUGGGAUGGCCUACCUGGAGCAGAAGCGUUUCCUGCACAGGGAUCUGGCCGCCCGCAACGUUCUGCUGUCCACCAAUGAAACAGUGAAGAUCGGAGACUUUGGCCUGAUGAGGGCGCUGCCUACACACACCGACCAGUACAUCAUGGAGGAGGGCCACAAAAUCCCUUUUCCAUGGUGUGCCCCAGAGUCUCUUAAGUCUCGUACUUUCUCCCAUGCCUCUGACACCUGGAUGUUUGGGGUCACUCUAUGGGAGAUGUUCACCCACGGACAGGAGCCGUGGAUGGGCUUAAAUGGGAGCCAGAUCCUCCACAAGGUGGAUGUGGAGGCUGAGAGGUUGUGCAAACCAGACGACUGUCCUCAGGAUAUUUACAACGUCAUGCUGCAGUGCUGGAGCCCCAAACCUGAAGACAGGCCGACCUUCAUCGCCCUCAGAGACUUCCUGCUAGAGACUAUGCCCACAGACAUGAGAGCCCUGCAGGACUUUGAGGAGGAAGACAAGCUCCAGAUUAAAAUGAAUGAUGUCAUCACCAUCAUAGAGGGAAGGGCAGAGCACUACUGGUGGCGAGGUCAGAACCGACGGACGCUGCGUGUCGGCCAGUUUCCUCGUCAUGUGGUGACGUCGGUCGCCGGUCUGUCUGCCCACGACAUCAGCCGACCGCUAAAACACUCCUUUAUCCACACUGGACAUGGAGACACUGACCCUCACAGGAGCUGGGGACACGCAGACCGCAUAGACAGUCUGUAUUUGGGGAACCCUAUGGACCCUCCUGAUGUCCUUGGAAUGGAUUCAGGCGUUGCAAGACCAACCAAACUCCCCAACCGUGCAAAAAAGCAGCCUCCUCCUCGUCCACCCCAACCUGCCGUUCUGCUGAAGAAGCCGUUCUACGACUCGGUGAUGGACGACUACGACGACGAGGACGACACCAGCGCUUCGUCGGGGCUGAAGAGGCUGGGAGUGUCCCUGGGUCUGAAGCUGCGACCGUGGGAGGGGUCCGGCGUGCGCUCGGCCAAAAGCGAAGUGUCGCUCAUCGAUUUCACCGAUGACAGCUUCAGCUCGACCACGCCGUCACCGCUCACCGAGACACGGCAGCCAGAUGAGGACACACUGAAGGACACUCCCUCCAUCCUGGACUGGCCCCUUCCUCAGCCAGCUUACGACGAAGUUACUACAGACCUCGAGGACCAGUCUGAGGACCAGGAGGUGCGAUCAAUCAACAAAGGGUUCACCGAAGAGGCCUCGGCGACCCCUACCACCGGCAUGUCAGGCCGGAGCGAGUCUCAAUCAGCUGACCUCUUCCAGGAGCUGCAGAGAGAGGUGAUGGUGAAGCUGCAGGUUCCCAUGGCAACAGGCCGCUCACUCCCCUCCUCGCCCCUCCCGAUGCCUCUGGCUCCUUUGGGACCUCACCGUCAGAUCUGCCUGCCUCCCCCCUCCCCGUCCUCCACCUCCUCCUUCACCUCCUCCUUCGAGGACCGGCCGGUGUUGCCCCCUCGCAGCCCCGUCCCUCCCCUGCGUCCCUCCAAACACAACUUCUCCAACCGCACCAUCAACCCACAGGCCCGGUCCAGCUCCGUUUCACUGGGCGACGAGGACGACACGCCUCCUCAGAUCCCACCCAGAGACCACGCCUUCUCCCAGCCGGGCUCCCGCUCCUCCUCUCCCCUCCCACUAGUGCCGCCGCUCUCCUCCUCACCCGUGGUCCUGCCCCCUCCUCCCAUCUCCGUCUCCCCACGUCGGGCGUCCGGACUCCUGGGUCCCCUCCUGUCCUCCAGCUCCCCGUCCUCCUCAUCAUCCCCGCCUCAAGCUGCUUCCUAUUCUUCACGGCUGGCACCUCCAGGCUCCUCCUACUCCUCCAGCUCUUUACUGGAUCCUCUGGCGUUUCGUGAGGGGCGUGGCCUCUCCUCCCUGAUUGACAGCUCUCAGAGCUCUGCUCCCACCCCCCUGCCAGAGAGGCCGGCUUUUCUGGAGAGAUACGGAGCAGCCAACAUGGCAGCAGUGAAGCCCAUGAUGCAGCAGCAGCAUCAUGGCGGAGUCAAACCAAACACCUCCUACAACAACAACAAUGGAGGAGCUGCAACUCCCAGCAUGCAACAGGAGCAGAGCGUCACGCAGGUCCAAGGAGCAGUGCACGGAGUCACCAUGGAGGAGUGUCAGGCCGCUCUGCGAAGUCACAGCUGGAGCAUCCCACAGGCCAUUAACCAUUUGUGGAGCAGCUGUUUCGGUUGGGGCUGCGUUCGAGAGCAGAGUGUGAGGAGCUUCUGCAGCGCUGCCAGUGGAACCUGGAACAGGCCAGUACGCUCAUGCUGGAUGCGUACGGACCGCAUCUCAAGAGGAAGUGACAGCAGGAGGACACACUGAGCGGCCGGUUAGCUACUGAUCAGCUUCUUGUGUCACCCGAAUGACACAUCGCUACGACGACGCUUUUUAAUGAAUGGCGGAACAUCAGGCAGCAUACGUGCCUCACUUUCUGUACUGUGAAUAACUGCUACAACCUGUGUCACACGCAUGCAUGCUCAUUAUUAGCGAACAGAGCAGCUUGUUGAAUGAGUCACAGCAUUUACUUGAACGGUUGCUAUUUAUGUUUUUUAUAUCAUUAGAUGAAUUCCGCUGGUCGCUGCUGCAGACGUUUACUGACUUUGUUGUGAAUGUGUGCAUGUUCAAGUACAUGUGUGCGUCCAAACUGUACAUGCCCAUGCCUUUCGUUGCUGUUCAUGAAGCGAUAUAAAUCAGGGAAGUAUCAGCUAGCAUAUAGUUUUACUUAUUGUGAAAAUGUACAGAUAAUGUUGUAUAUAUAACAGUUUACUGAGCAUGUCGACACACGUGCUAACUGCUGGUCAGAAGAUUUAUCUAGUUAGUGAAGUGAAUACUGAUAUGAUUGAUAGCAUAUCAGAUAUUAUUAAUGUAUCAUUUGUGUUUUAAAGGUUCCCUGUGGAGUUCUCUUGUAAACAUUCGAAAGUCUAAGGAUCUGGUCCACAUGUAUGCAGAUAGUUUUUUUUUAAAGUGGGUAUAUUUAUUGAUAAAAAUUAAUAAAAACAAAAUCUCUGUCCACAUGAAAAUGCAAAUAUUGGCCAAUAGAAUCCUGGAAAAAAAGCUAAUAAAAGUUCCUGUAGACUACAAACAAACAGAAAGGAGGAAAUCAUGUGUGGUGAACUGAUUCGGAUGCCUUUUUACCUCAGUCUAGUGCAAAAGUUGUUGUACAUUUAUGAGUAAAUAUGUAAAACAGUAAUCCUUCUAAAGGUUUGCACUGGCAAUAUUUUUGUCCACAUCAGCCAUUGCACAAAAUUAGCAUCUAAACAAAGGAGGGCCAAACGCUUUAUCAGAGUAUCUUCACUGUUUACCUAAAGGUCCAUUUUCAGCCACCUAAAAUUUGGAUAAAAGGCCAAAAUGUAUCGAAUAAUCUUCCAUUUUAAACAUCACCAUGUACAUGUGGGCACGACCUAGAUUUACCAUCAGGCCGUCUUCUUCCUUCCUGGCACAUCGCUGCACAUCCUGGCACAUUUAAACCACCUGUUGGACGGUGAAUCAUAGAAAAACGACUCCGCGGGGCCAUUGGCGUUCACAAUCUCCACAGGUUACCUUUAAACGAGGCUUUACAGGCUUUAUAGCAGCGGGACGUCUGAGAGAUUGAUGGAUUUUGGUCUUUAGUAUAAUUUCCUUCAGCUGGAUAAAGACAUCCGCCAUCUUCUCAUGAAUACAGGGUAUUAGUUAAACCUGUAAAUUAGAUAUUUAAUGCAGCACUUGGUUAGUAUUUCUUCCUAUGAAACUGCUGUAUGAUAAUCACGGACCCAUGCUGAAGAGCUUUCCUGUCAUUCAGUUGAUUAAGCAGGCUGCUGCUGUGUAUGUGCGAGCUUAGCGCUGCAGGUGGCCGGUGACGUCCGACUUUAUAGUGUGUGUGUGUGCAAAUAUCGAUGUCUGUGUCGAUUCUUAGUCGUCCAGGUCAUUGUAACACUAUGAGAAUCGGUAGAAGGGGGCUUUUUUAUGGUUCCGCUGUAAUCUUAGUGAGCUGGUGGUGAUAAUAUGCACCUAGAACUCCCCACCAGUCAUUUAGAACUGAGGAAGCCUCUUGAAUGGAAGUUAAACGUCUUCAAGAACCAAAAAUACGGUCCAGUUGUCUUCUACUGAAGCUCUUGGUGGUGCAGAUAUUGAUCUCGGGUGUGAUGUAUUGUAGGAAAUGAUCAGCAAAUACACAGAAAACAAGAUCAAUAACAAAUAGUAGAUUGUUGCGGAAAUGUCAGCUUUUAACGGACCAUCAGUCGUAAAUUGUUUCUCUUCGACAACAAACGUUUAGACAGUAAGAUUAGGAAACUAAAUUUCUCAUAGUGGCAGGUGAGUGAAUAAGUUUAAAACUGUUAUAUUUGUGUGUGUGAGGCAUCGCUUACGCUCAGCUGUAAGCUCAUGUGCGGAAAUUGUUUUGAUUUUUUGUGACGCUGACUGCAUUAGACUGUUUAGUUAGAGUAGCUUAAAAAUGUAAAAUGCAAAUAUGGCCUUUGUUGUUUUAUAAUAAAUUAAAAUGCUUUUUUCAGA